ACUACCGAAAACACAUCAAAGAAGAAGAGAUAGAGGAAUUUAUCAAAGCCAUUAUUGCUCGUUUGUUAGAGGAAUUGAUUAAUAAUCAAGAUAUCGAGUUAAAAACUUCUCCGGAAUAUGUAAUCGGCUAUUUGGUGGAAAAACUUCGUAAUAAGGAUCUCCGCGACGAAAUAAAGGCUUUUGUUGGCACCAAUAAAGUUAUGAAGUUAACUUCUCCUUUGCAACAACAAGGAAAAAAGAAACUAAUUUUAGUUUACUUAUUCUUCUUAAAUGGUUUUUUAGUAGAAGGCGGCGCGAGCAAAAAUUUUAAAAAGUGCUUAAGUUGGAAUUUAGCAGGCGGCUCUAACGGGCGUUAUGAUGGCGAGAUUAGCAAAAUUGCUAGUUUUAUUAGCAAAUUAGAUAAAAAACAAACAUUUUGCUGCCGAGCGGUUGAUGACGACUACGAUUAUACUAACUUAAAUUGCACGCAAGAAACACCUAAUUGCCCUUUUAUUUCUCCAGUUGAUGAUUACGAAGCAACUUGA